CGCGUGUGGCCCGGACAUCCCCGCGCCGCGGCCCCGGGGCAUGCGCGACUACGAGGAGGUGACCGCCUUCCUGGGCGAGUGGGGCCCCUUCCAGCGCCUCAUCUUCUUCCUGCUCAGCGCCAGCAUCAUCCCCAAUGGCUUCAAUGGCAUGUCCGUCGUGUUCCUGGCGGGCACCCCGCAGCACCGUUGCCUGGUGCCCGACACCGCGAACCUGAGCAGCGCGUGGCGCAACCACAGCAUCCCGUGGGUGCUGCAGGACGGCCGCCGGGUGCCCCACAGCUGCCGCCGGUACCGGCUGGACACCAUCGCCAACUUGUCUGCGCUCGGCCUGGAGCCCGGGCUGGACGUGGACCUGGAGCAGCUGGAGCAGGAGAACUGCCUGGAUGGCUGGGAGUACCAGCAGGAUGUGUACGUGUCCACCAUCGUGACCGAGUGGGAUCUGGUGUGUGAGAAUGACUGGAAGACGCCCCUCACCGCCUCCUUGUUCUUCGUAGGCGUGCUCAUGGGCUCCUUCGUGUCUGGACAGCUGUCAGACAGGUUCGGCCGGAAGAACAUUCUCUUCACCACCAUGGCUGUUCAGACUGGGUUCAGCUUCCUGCAGAUUUUCUCCAUCAACUGGGAGAUGUUCACCGUGCUCUUUGUCAUCGUGGGCAUGGGUCAGAUCUCCAACUAUGUGGUGGCCUUCAUCCUAGGAACAGAAAUUCUUGGCAAGUCAGUCCGCAUUAUAUUCUCCACGCUAGGAGUGUGCACAUUUUUUGCAAUUGGCUACAUGGUACUGCCACUGUUUGCUUACUUCAUCAGAGACUGGCGGAUGCUGCUGCUGGCACUGACGCUGCCCGGGCUGCUGUGCGUCCCGCUGUGGUGGUUUAUUCCUGAAUCUCCCCGGUGGCUAAUAUCCCAAGGAAGAGUCAGCGAGGCUGAAGAGAUCAUCCAGAAAGCUGCAAUAAAGAACAGUAUCGCUGUUCCUGCAGUGGUAUUUGAUCCGAUGGAGCUCCAGGAGCUACACUCCUCGAAGCAGCCGAAAGUUUUCAUUCUGGACCUGUUCAGAACUCGGAACAUUGCCACAAUAACCAUGAUGUCUGUCCUGCUGUGGAUGUCAACCUCAGUGGGAUACUUUGCCUUGUCCCUGGAUGCUCCGAAUUUACAUGGCGAUGCCUACCUGAACUGCUUCCUCUCGGCCCUGAUUGAGGUCCCCGCCUACUUCCUGGCCUGGCUGCUGCUGCGUACCUUGCCCCGGCGCUACAUCAUAGCUGGGGUGCUGUUCCUUGGAGGAGGGGUCCUUCUCUUGAUUCAGGUGGUACCUGCAGAUUACAACUUCCUGUCUAUUGGUCUGGUGAUGCUGGGGAAAUUUGGGGUCACCUCUGCCUUCUCCAUGCUGUACGUCUUCACUGCGGAGCUCUACCCCACCCAGGUCAGGAACAUGGCCGUGGGCAUCACCUCCAUGGCCUCUCGAGUGGGCAGCAUCAUUGCCCCCUACUUCGUUUACCUGGGAGCUUAUAACCGAGUCCUGCCCUACGUCGUCAUGGGCAGCCUGACGGUCCUGAUUGGAAUCGUCACCCUGUUCUUCCCUGAAAGUUUUGGAGUGAAACUGCCAGAGACCUUGGAGCAGAUGCAGAAAGUGAAAGGGUUCAGAUGUGGGAAAGAAUCAAGAGUCUCAGUGGAGGAAGAAGAAAAUUCCAAGGUUCAAAUAACUGCAUUCUGACAAAAUCUCUAUAGCAUUUGCCAGACUGAAAACAAAUAUGUAAGACUCCAUGAGCUGAGUCCAGUGGCCCACACCAGCAACCCCAGCACUUGGCAAAUGGUGACAGGAAGAUAAGGAGUUCAAGGUCAUCCUUGGCUACGUAGUGAGUUCAAGGUCAGCUUGGAAUAUAUGAGAUCCUGUCUCAAACCAAACACAAGCAAGUCGGAAGCAACGGACCGAGACAAUGAGCACGGAGUGACGUGGACCUUGCUGUGGAGACAUCUCCUCUAGUGAACUCUUGGCUGCUCUUCCUCCUUGCUUUUAAGACAAGCAUUUCUAGAGAGACUUCUGACUAAUUCAAUGAAAUAGGUUUCUUGAAAAUGUGUUAAUCAAGGACUGGUAAAAUCUAUAUGAAGGGGCUGGAAAGAUGGCUUAGCGGUUAAGCGCUUGCCUGUGAAGCCUAAGGACCCCGGUUCGAGGCUCGAUUCCCCAGGACCCAUGUUAGCCAGAUGCACAAAGGGGCGCAUGUGUCUG